AUGAUGUCCGGUAGGAAAGUCCAGAAGGUUAUGGUUCAACCUAUCAAUCUUAUUUUCCGAUACCUCCAAAAUCGAACAAGAAUCCAAAUUUGGUUGUACGAGGAUAUUUCUCAUCGCAUCGAGGGCUACAUCGUUGGAUUCGACGAGUACAUGAACGUUGUUUUGGAUGAAGCUGAGGAACUCAACAUGAAGACCCAAAGUCGCAAUAAACUCGUUAUUGUUAAGAAUCAAGUAGGGAUGCUUUUCAUCGCGACGCUUUGGCUUCUGUCCCACAGUGUAUUCGCUAUCCUGAAUACUGGAGUCCAACUACGGAUAGAGGAAUUCUUCGACACUCCCGGACACACCAAUAACUGGGCUGUUCUUGUAUGUACUUCUCGCUUCUGGUUCAACUACCGCCACGUUUCCAAUGUUUUGGCUCUUUAUCACACCGUGAAACGACUAGGUAUUCCUGAAAGGUAA